AUGUCCGUUCAUAUGGAGAACCCUUCAACCCAUUCUGUUGCCAUUGUUGGCAUGGCCUGCAAGUUUCCUGGAGACGCUACUAGUCCUUCCAAGCUCUGGGAUCUCUGUACCGGUGGUCAAGAUGCUUGGUCAGAGAUUCCAAAGGACCGGUUUGACGUGAGAUCGCUGUACGAUGCGGACUCGGAGAGGAUUGGCAGAAGCCACGCAAUUGGUGGUUACUUUUUGAAAGAGGACGUGGCUAGAUUUGAUGCUGGAUUUUUCAAUUUUCCAGCAGAUGUAGCAAGUUCUAUGGAUCCCCAGUUAAGAAUGCUACUCGAAUCGGUGUAUGAAGGGACAGAAGAUGCUGGUAUCCCACUGGAGAAGCUUGCCGGCUCAAAUACGUCUGUAUUUAUUGGAUGCUACGCUAAGGACUACCAAGAUAUUCAGACACGAGACCCCGAAUCAAUGCCAACACCAUUCGUGACAACCAACUUUAUGACCAUGCUCGCGAAUCGCGUCUCUCACUUUUAUGAUUUGAAAGGGGCUAGUAUGACGAUUGAUACCGGCUGCUCAGGUGGCUUAGUAGCAUUACAUCAAGGAUGUCAGGCCAUCCGUUCGGGCGAGUCUGAUAUGUCAAUUAUUGGGGCGUCCAGCUUGAUACUGAGCCAAGACAUGUUUAUCAGCCUAUCUUCCGUUGGGCUUCUUGGUCCCGAUGGCAAAUGUUAUGCAUGGGAUGCGCGAGCUCAAGGAUACGGCAGAGGGGAAGGUGUCGCUGUACUGGUUCUUAAAUCUGUAGAUGCCGCGGUAAGGGACGGGGAUCGUAUUCACGCAAUGAUUCGAGGAAGUGGUUUGAAUCAAGACGGAAAGACAUCUACGAUAACAUCACCAUCUUUGGAGGCUCAAGUUAAACUAAUUAACACUUGCUACAGUAAUGCCGGACUGGACCUUUCGGAAAUAGGUUACGUAGAAGCUCAUAUGACAGGAACAAAAGUAGGAGAUUAUAUCGAGGCCAAGGCCCUUGCUACAACAUUUGGGGAAAAUACAACUGGUGGUCCGAUUUUGGUUGGUUCCAUCAAAACCAAUAUAGGACACACGGAGCCUGUUAGUGGCCUCGCGGCAGUCAUCAAGACCGCACUCUCCCUAAAGCACGGUCAAAUCGCGCCCAAUAUGAACUACGAAGAGAAGAAUCCAAUGAUAAAACUAGAAGAGUGGAACUUAAAGGGGAAUAACAAGGUCCCAACUGAGCUUACCCCAUGGCCCCAGGAGAAGCCAUUCCGGGCGUCGAUCAACAAUUUUGGAUAUGGUGGUAGCAAUUCUCACGUUAUUUUAGAGCGUGCGCCAAAUGUGCAGUCUGGAACGAAUAAAGUCAAUGGGCAUACUACUUGCCGGGACGACGCACACAGUUCUAGCGCCCAUCGGGUUUAUCUUCUUAGUGCUAAGGACGCAAACUCUUGCCAGCAAAUGGCAAAAAACCUAGCCGCUUUCCUCCACCAAUCCAGCCAGGGGGGGUACAGCUUAUCUCUUAGUAGCCUGGCAUACACCCUGGCUGAACGACGCUCGCGACUCCCUUGGAUGAUAGCAGUUCGGGCCAGCAACUUAGAGGAACUAACGGUACAACUAGAGCAUUCAUCAGCGAAAACACCGUUGCAUUCUACGAGGCGCCCACGUCUGGGAUUUGUUUUUAACGGCCAGGGUGCUCAAUGGUAUGCGAUGGGCCGAGAGCUUAUUACAGCCUAUCCCGUCUUCGACGCCGCGAUUCACGAGGCAGACCAAAUCCUAAAAGACUAUGGAGCAACGUGGUCUCUAUACGAUGAACUGAUGCGCGAUGAACACUCAACUCGUGUGGGAGAUAUAAACCUUUCUCAACCCAUAAGCGUUGCUCUCCAGUUAUGCAUAGUCGACCUUUUGAAGUCAUGGGGAAUAAUUCCUUCAAUUGUUACUAGUCAUUCAAGCGGCGAGAUUGCGGCUGCAUAUGCGGUAAACGCAUUAACAGCCAGGGAAGCUCUCGGUAUAGUCUACUUCCGCGGUGAACUUGCCCUCAAGUAUCACAAGAUAUCGCCUGUCAUCGGUGGUAUGCUCGCUGCUGGAGUCGGCCCGGAUCAGGCUGACCAGUAUAUUAAGAAUACCACAAGCGGUCGUGUAGUGGUCGCAUGUAUUAACAGUCAGGAGAGCGUCACACUUUCAGGGGACGAACCAGCUAUCAACGAGGUCGCGUCGCAACUAGAAAAAGAUGGAAAAUUCUCCAGGAAAUUAAAGGUCCCUCUUGCGUAUCACUCUCACCACAUGCUGCCAAUGGCUCAGGAUUAUAUAGAGGCUUGUCGUGAUAUUGUCCCUGGAUACAGAGGGUGGGAUAAGGAUGUUGUAUUUGCGUCACCGGUAACGGGCAAUAUCGUCUCCCCUGACAUCCUGACACCAGAGCACUGGGCUCGUAACCUUACUAAUCCUGUCCGCUUCAGCGAAGCAUUUGAAAGCAUAUGUCAAUCUGACGCAAAUGUGGACAUGGUAGUGGAGGUGGGAGCACACAGUACCCUCGCGGGUCCUAUUAGGCAAAUUCUCAACGGUAGAAAGAUAGCAUAUGCGGCUUGUCUAAAGAGAAAUAUUGACGCCGUUGAGACUAUGCAGAGUCUCGUUUGCGAGCUAUUAGCACGGGGUUAUCCAGUGGACCUAAGCGCAGUAAACGAACCGUUAAGCGAGGCAACACCGGCUUUUAUAGCAGACCUACCUACAUAUCCAUGGAACCACAGCACGCGAUACUGGGUAGAACCGAGGAUCAAUAAGGAUACUCGUUAUAAGAAGUUCCCUCCACAUGAGCUUCUUGGUCUUCCUAUUUCUGGUAGCACUGAACCAAUAGCCCCCUGGAGGAACUUUUUACGCUUAUCGGACCUCCCGUGGCUCAUUGAUCACCAGGUCGACUCUAAGGUUAUUUUCCCUGCCGCCGGCUACAUUUCAAUGGCCAUUGAGGCUGCCCGUCUCCUCAAAGAUGUCGGUUCGAACAUUCAGGGAUUCCGGCUAAGGGAUGUCGAUAUCGUAAAUGCUUUAACGAUUCCAGAAUCCUCGAGUGGGAUCGAAGUGCAUACGCAUCUUCGGCCGUGCAGCGAGAAGGAGAUGGACCAUAUAGGCUGGUACGAGUUUGUGAUAAGCUCUAUAGACAAUGACACUCUAAUCAAGAAUUGUUCCGGAUUCGUCUCUGUUGAGAUGGAUAAUUCUAAUAGGUCAUCACUCUUUCGUGAUACAGAAAGCCCUCGAGAAGAUUCAUUCUUCGCUUCUAGCGCGAACAAGCGAGACGUCGACGCAGAGUCAGUAUAUGCUACUAUGCGACAGAUGGGCCUCCAUCAUGGGCCAGCCUUUAAGAAUUUGUUCGGUGGUGUCGCUGCGGGCGGGAAGGCAAUCUUAGGUUUAUCUAUUCCAGCGGUAGCCUCUGAAACCUUUGACUACAUCAUUCACCCUACAACACUAGACACCAUUAUCCAAGCUACAUAUGGCGGCUUACAAAAGAGGCUCUAUCAGGGGUCUAUGGUACUCCCUAGAUCAAUGGAUUCGAUGUACGUACCUUACAGCUUAGAAAGACAAGCUGGCAGCAAACUCAAAGUCUAUACCGAGUUACGUGAGUCAGGUAAACGUGGCUUUACGUCGAACGUCGUGGUUUCGAACGCUGGGAGUAACAGUGACGCCUCGUCAAUCUCGUUUCUUCGAAUCAAAGAUUUCCACUGUCAAGCUAUCCCCAUGAAUUUUGACGACACCACACAAGACCAACAAUACCCACUUUGCUCUAAGAGCCAUUGGGAAAUCGAUGUAUCAUACCAGAUCCCCGCCGCUAUCAAAGACAUUAUGAAAAUCUUCUUGAACGAUACGGAGGCAGAUUCCGAGAAGAAACUCCUUCGGGCAUCGUACUACUUCAUAUACGACGCUGUAGCUCAGCUCAAAGGAGACGAGAAAAAAAGCUGGGCCUGGCAUCAUAAAGUAUUUUACAAUUGGAUGGAGCAAGUGGUCGUACUUGGUACUAGUGGUACCUUGAGUCCCGGUUGUAAAGCGUGGUCAAGAGCCUCGAAUGGAAUGAAGCAAAUGCUAAACGAUGAACUCGAUGCUGGGGAUGCAUCUGGAAAGCUUGUGGUGCGGGUUGGCCGCGCUCUCACUAGGAUCAUUCGAGGAGAGAUUAUGCCACUCGAGCUCAUGCUAGAAGGAGCAGGCACAGGAGGAACUACGCAACCAGUUCUAGAAGCUUUUAGUCCCCAUGGAGAUGGCUCCGGAUCUCUUCUUGGCCAUUACACAUUCACCGACGUUUCAGCUGGGUUUUUUGAGGCCGCCCAGAAGAAGUUGGCGGGGUGGACAAGCAUGAUGGAUUUCAUAAAACUUGACAUCGAAACAGACCCAGCUACCCAGUCAAUCACUGGUACCUACGACAUUAUUGUUGCCUCCAUGGUCCUCCAUGCAACUAAGAGCAUGCACAAGACGCUUUCGCACGUUCGUCAACUCCUUAAACCAAGAGGAAAGCUCCUUCUAAUCGAAGCCACACAAGAUCGACUUGAUACACAACUGAUAUUCGGGCUACUCCCGGGAUGGUGGCUUAGCGAGGAGUCAUUCCGAAGAAACAGUCCAAACAUGUCGUUACAGACUUGGGAUGGCCUGUUGAAGGAUUCCGGCUUUUCAGGCAUUGACUUUGAGAUUGGAGACUGCGAAGAGAACCAGUUCAAGAGCAAUAGUAUCAUUCUGACUACUGCCGUGGCGACGCCGUCUUACCCAUUGAGAAUUUCUAUCGUGAACAUCGCGCCAUAUUCUCAAAAAUGGGUAAAGCAGCUUGCCGAGACGAUACAGCAACGGACUGGCAUUUCACCUUCCGUGGAGAACUUGGGAGAGGUGAAGUCGAUUCAAGAUAAGGUCUGCAUUCUCACGGCUGAAAUGGAUGCACCUUUCCUCGAAAAGGCCGACGCCGCUUCUUUCGGGAUGAUACAGAAUCUAGUUGUCAACAGUCGAGGAGUACUCUGGCUAAGCUGUGGCAGCAUGAUUGACCCCCAAGUGCCUCAAUUUGCUCAAACUCAAGGUUUGUUGCGGACCUUGCGCCAAGAGCACUCGAACAAUCGAUACGUCCAGCUCGAUUUUGAGCAAAGCACUAUCCCGUGGACCGAAGAUAAGAUAGAUUUCGUCCUCCAUGUCUUUCAGCAGACCUUUGACUAUAAUAAGGAGAGUGGCAGUAUCGAUUGGGAGUAUGCAGUAAAGGAUUCUAAUCUUUACGUUCCCAGGGUCUACGCGGAUCAGAAAGGGGGCGGUAAUAAUACUGACCAAAUCCCCCAGCCGCAACUGUUUUAUCAACCAGGUCGUAAAUUCGUUUUGGAACCGUCCAGUACAGGUUUAUUAAGUGAUGCGAGUUUUAUGGAUGAAGUGCUAUACGAUGACUUACCUGACGGGAUGGUAGAAAUUAAAACAAGAGCGUUUGGACUAAAUUCCCGAAAUAUUAUGAGUGUGUUGGGUAAACUACCUCAUGAUGCGGUUGUUGCCCAUGACUGCGCCGGUAUUGUUACAAGAUUGGGGCAGCAUACGGAGCAGAGCGACCUGAAGGUUGGCGAUAGGGUUUGCGGAAUUGUCUCCGGACAUCUUGCCAGUUCAAGCCUGGCGCAUUGGAGCAGCGUUUCGAAGCUUCCUGAAGACCUCUCUUGGGAAGAAGGAGCCGCAAUUCCAAUUGCCUAUGCUACCGCUUAUCACUCUCUCGUACGCAUUGCUGGUCUGGCUAGAGGCGAGACCGUUUUGAUCCAUGCAGCCGCUGGAGGAGUCGGCCAGGCAGCCAUCAUUAUCGCCCAGCAUAUCGGAGCUGACGUGUUCGUAACCUGCAGCACAGAAGCAAAGAGAGAUAUGCUGGUUGAGAAUUACGGCCUCAGUGUUGAACGCGUUUAUUCAAGCAGGGAUAUUAGUUUUGCACCAGGUAUCAUGACAGCUACCGGCGGCAGGGGCGUUGAUGUCAUUCUUAACUCCCUCUCUGGGCCUUUGCUGAAGGAAACGUGGAGCUGCAUUGCCCCCUUUGGUCGAUUCGUCGAAAUUGGCAAAUCCGAUAUCGAGGCGGCGAGGCGACUAGACAUAACCCCUUUUGGUCGCUGUGCAACGUAUGUUGGGUUUGACAUCGCCCUACUAAACGAGUACGAUCAUUUACGUACUCGUGAAGCUCUGGUCGAGGUUGGACACACAUCACAGGCCAACUAUGCUGCCGGAAAUAGCUUCCAGGACGCCUUAGCACGAUAUCGGACGCGGGAUGGCCUGCUUUCCGUGAGCCUUGAUCUCAGUGCCGUCACCGACGUCGGCUACGUUGCCGACGAGAAUACCGCGACAGGAAAAAACUCUGCGGGUGCCCGAAUCGAGGCUCUCGGCUCUGUCUCGCUCAAUAUAGAUGCCAUACUACGCAUCCUCGAGGCUGUAGUUCUCGGACCUGAGCGCAUUCAGCCAGAUGAUUCCCAAGUCAUCAUCGGUUUAAGAACAUGGGAUCAGUUACCAGAGGACUGUCCUGUCCGACAAGAUCCUCGCUUCGGUACACUACGGCUAGCUAGUCCUCGCGGGGCGGUGAGAGCCGAUUCCACGACGGUCGAAGAAGCAGCCAACCCGACUAAUAUGAUGGCACGAGCCCUCGACGCACCUACCGAGAAGACAAAGCUUGUUGCGGCCGCGGUAGCAACACGACUAGCUACUAUCUUCGGCGUACCGGUCGAAGAAGUAGAUCUCACCGCGUCUAUGACUACGCACGGGGUUGACUCUCUAGUUUCAGUUCAGCUACGAAACUGGCUCACGAUAGCAGCUAAGGCUAAAGUGUCCAUCUUCGAGAUCACGCAGAGUAAGUCGUUGCUGGAUUUCGCGGAGCUCGUACUAGCAAGGAGUCAAGCUGUCUGA